CAGGCAUUGUUGUCGCAGGUGCCCUCGCCGCAGGUGGUUCCAUCGCAGGCGACUUCGUCGCAGGCGGUGUCGUCGCAAGCGGCGCCCUCGUUUUCGUCCUGCUAGUUAAAGGACUCUGCUCUGAUGCUCAGUCCGGCAGAAUUGCUCCUAACCCAGUUGUGAAGGUGCUCGAGGAGCGGGCCAUGCAAGAAAAGAAACAGGACAAUGGGGACACGAAACGAGUGGAGGAAGUCGAGCGUAAGGUGGAGAAGAAGACGUACACGAAAGAGGAGGCGAGGCAAAAAGCGGAUCGCAUCAAGCUUGAAGCAAGAAAAACGCCGCAAAAGGAGAAGAAGACGACGAAGGAGAACGCACGCGAGAAGGAGGAAGAAGUUUUAGAGAAUGAUUGUACGCCGAGCUGCAGAAGAGCAUUGCAGAGAGCAUGUCGCCCAUCAUCAUGCCCACGCGACGAGAAAUCGCCUCGGCGAAAGCGCGUCUCGAAUAUCGGGAGGGCAUAUUCCAUAUCGCCGUCGCUGGCAUAGCAGGCAGCGGCAAAUCAUCUCUGAUCAACGCCCUCCGGGGCUUGAUGAACAACGACACAAGAGCGGCACCGACCGGCGUCACGGAGAUGACCAAACGGAUCACUCGCUACCCUGAUCCCAACGCUGCUAAUCCAUGGGUGUGGUACGACGUCCCAGGAGCAGGAACCCUCAAUAUCCCUGACUCUCAGUACUUCAACGACCACGGUCUCUACAUUUUUGACUGCAUCAUCGUCCUGAUCGAUAAUCGCUUCAUGGACACCGAUGUUGCCAUCCUACGUCAUUGUGCACGGUUUUGCAUUCCCGCGUACAUUGUCCGAUCCAAGUCGCUCCAACACAUCACCAAUAUCAUGAACGAUGUAUAUGGCACCGACAACGAUGACAACAGUCUGACCGCCGAGGAGCGAGCCGAGCGGUGGAAUGACGUACGAGGAAGGUAUGAACGCCAGAGCCGCGAGAACGUCGCGCAGAACCUUCAGCAGGCUGGGCUGCCCGAUCAGAACUUGUACCUUGUCGACAAGGACACCAUGACGCGUGUAUACGGAAACUCCGUGUCGAAUCAGACGAAGGUGCUUGACGAAGUGCAACUUUUGACGGACCCCUUUACGAAGGCGCGCUCCCGCCGCUCCUUGUCGGCCUCUUCCAGCUCACCGUAUGCGUAGUGAGCAUACCUCCUGGUAUCCGCUAUCUUCCUCUGUUCGUCAUUGCGUCGCUUUCUGCUCGAAUAUUAGUAUGUUUCCUGUAUUUCCGUCGGAUACGUUGUGCAACCAAAGGUGUUUUUUUUUACUCGUGUAUCCCCUGGCGUGCGUGUUUGCGGACAUGCAUGAUGCCUGUCCGCAUUCACGUCGGCUAGAGUAUAUAUAUCGUGGUUUCGGCUCAUUAUCGCCAGCUUGCGAGUCGUGCUGAAUAUUGAAUAUUUGAAUGCUCAAGGUCACACAGCGCGAUGCACGAAACGUGAGGAGACCUAGACGCCUGUGUGUGGACGGUGACGCGUCUCCAUCAUACAACUU